AUCAAAUCGAAGAAGAACACUAUUCGUAGGUGAAUGAGUAGUAAACAUGUCAAGAAACAGAAGAAUAACGUUAAUAUUUGGAGGAUUUAUAACGGCCAUUGCCGCUGCAUUUUAUCCUAUAUUUUUUCAUCCUCUCACGCACUCAGCUGACUACAAUCAAGUUCAGAGGGUAAACCGAGCAGGAAUCAAUCAGGCAGAUAUCCAACCAGUGGGUGUGAAGGUGUGGUCUGACCCCUACAAACCGACAGGGAAAUGAUCCUACUGAUUGGAUGCAGAGGACUAUUAUCCCGAAAAAAAAGAUGAAUGAAGAUUAAAUUGAACGUCAAGUCUGUGCGUAAUGUGUAUUUGAAUAAAAUACAGAGAAUCAGUGCAUUUGUAACUGCUUUCAUGUUUAUGGGUGCGUACUUUAUCCUAUGAAUAAAGUUUAAAGGCCUUGCCA